UUUCCUUGUAUUUUUGACAUUUCAUUUUAAAAUUUAUAUAAAAAUGAUAUCUUCAAAUAUAAAUCAAACUUUAAAUGUAAAUCAAAUUAGUAAUGAUAAAAAUAAUAACAAUAACUUGAAUAAUCAACUGAAAAGAUCUUUAUCCAAUUCCACUGAAAAAAAUCCAAUUAACAAUAAUAUCAAUAUCAAUAUCAAUAUCAAUAUCAAUAUUAAUACUAAUACUAAUACUAAUACUAAUACUAAUACUAAUACUAAUACUAAUAUAUCCAAAAAUAAAAUUAAACGUCAAAAAUAUAAUCUAAAAAAAAAUACUGAUUCAAAAUCACAAAGAUUACAAUGUGAAUAUAUACUACCUAAGAAAAAUAGAAGAUGUGCAAUGACAAGAAAAAAAGAAAACACCUAUUGUGCUGAACAUUUAAUCUAUCAAAAUAAUUCAAUCAAUAAUAACAUUACUAACGACAAUAAUAAUACUAAUAAUAAUACUAAUACUAAUGACAAUAAAAGAAUUCCUUGUCCAAUUGAUCCAAAACAUUCAGUUUGGCAAUUCGACUUGAAAAAACAUCUAAUUAAAUGUAACAAAGUCAAACAAAAUAAACAAAAUACCGAUCCAUGGUUUAUUAACGACUUUAACCUAAAUACCCAAAACUUUGUUCAAUUUAAUGAUGAUGAAACAAAUAAAAUAAAUUAUGAGUAUUUCAUCAAUUUAGUCAAUAAAAUUUACUUUAAUAUUAAAAAUUACAAUUCUUCUCCACUUUUAAAUGAAUUUAAAACCUUUCGUGAAAAUUCAAUAAUCGAAAAAAGAAUCGAACAAUUGCAUAACCAAAAACACAUUCUACAACAAUCAUCUUUAAUUAAACAACUAAUCGAUUUAAAUCUAUUUCCAAAUCCUCAUAACAACUACAUUACCAAUUUCACCUAUAUCGAAUUUGGUUGUGGCAGAGCUGAGCUAUCCAGAUAUAUCUUAAAAUCAUCGAUUCAAGAAUCCCUACUAAAUAACAAUAACAAAAAUGUUACUAUACCAAAUUUUUUAUUAAUCGAUAGAUCUCCUGUCCGGUUAAAAAUGGAUUCUAAAAUGAUAAAAGAUUUUGAUGAUUUUAAAAUUAAAAACAUUAAUGAAAAUACAAACAGUCUAUUCAACUCUCAGCCAUAUAUUAAAAGAAUUAAAAUUGAUAUCAAAGAUCUAAGUUUAGAUCAGGUCAUCCAAAACGAUACUAAUUUCAAUCAAAAUCAAAAUCAAAAUCAAACCCGCACAUUUAUAGGAAUCUCAAAACAUUUAUGUGGAGCUGCAACUGAUUUAACAUUAAGAUGUAUCUUUAAUAGCAAAUUAUUGCUAGAAAGAUUCUCGGGUUUGAUUAUUGCAAUGUGUUGCAGACAUCGUUGUGAUUACACCUGUUUAUUACCUGAAUCCAGAGAUUAUUUCAGAAAAUUAGGAAUCGUUGAUCAAAAAGAUUUCAAUCAACUAAUCAAACUAUCAUCCUGGGCCACUUGUGGAAGAAGACCCAACAUGAAAGAUGAUGAUAUUAAUGAUCAUCCCUCUGGGUUAAAUGUCCUAGAAAGAGAAAAAAUUGGAUUUAGAGUGAGAAGAAUUAUCGACGAAAGCAGGAAAUACGCAGUCGAACAACGAGGUUUCAAUGUCAAAAUAGUAAAAUAUAUUGAUAAAAGCAUUUCUUUAGAAGAUACCUGCUUUAUUGUAACACCAAAAACAGUAAAUGCUCAAGAAGCAAAAGCACCUCAAGAUCCAAAACCUUGAAGAAACAAACCACCAUGACGGUAACUAAUUCAACACGCGUAUAUAUGCAUUAAACCAUUGAUAUUUGCAUCUAACGCGCAGUCGCGUUUGUUUGCAGAAUUUUCAAAACACGUGGUUGAUUUACCCGGAUAGCUUCAAAUUCCC